UAAUUAAUUUCAGUUGUGAUCCGUCCGCGCGCCGGCACUGUUCUGCGAAUAUAAAUAAAACUGCUUGAGAUUGAAAGCCAAUAAUAAAAUUGGUAUUGGGCAGCGCAUGUUUUGAGCGACGGACGUUUUGCUUGGUGAUAAUCGAGGAUUGUGAUUACGAACAUCAAAACCUGUACUCCAGCAUGAGCCGGGAAGGCAGCGAAGAGGUGCCGGCGGUGGAGGGCGCGCAGGAGGAGGAGUUCGAGGAAGAGCAGUUCGUGGACGUGCGCUCGCUGCCGCUGCGCCCGCCCGUGGCCGCCGCGCCGCCGCCGCAGCCCGUGCGCCGCCCGUGGCACCCCGUCAUGUGGGACAGCUCCAUCAUCGGCAUACCACCACCGGACUACUCACCGAACGCAGAUGAGGGCACACAACCAGGCGGCGAGUACCCGCACAAGCAGCGCCUGCGCAACCUGAAGCGGCUGGUGGCGGAGGGCAAGGUCAAGCCCACCAAGGAAAACCUCAUCUUCUUCCUCUGCAACAAGUUCGCCGUUUCCGAGGAGAGGGCCAACAAGAUUUCCUGCUAGGAGACCCCUUCAAUGUUUAUGUGUCGUUCGUAAAAGUUAUAUAUACGAAACUUUCUAUAUU